AUGAAGUCAAACCCCGAGAGACUGGUUGUAACGUGUGUACACGAUGCAUGUCUGUGGUCAAUUCGAGCUAUCUACAGCAAAAGGCACAAGCUAUGGAUGAUCACAACAUCUAAGGGUCCCCACACUUGCUCGACACUCCAAGUGGAUCAUGAUGGAAGGAUGAUGGAUUCGAAGUUCAUUGCCAUCACACUUGAGUCAUACGUACGGGAAGACAUUUCAAGAACAGUAGCAACCCUGCGUAGUGUUCUUCAUGCGAAGCAUGGCCAUUGGGCAUCUCACUAUAAGGUUUGGGAUGCAAAACAGAAAGCCGUUGCAGCCAUCUACGGUGAUUUUGAUGAGUCAUACGCAGAAUUGCCUCGGUUCCUGGCAGCGUUAAAAGAUGCAGAUCCAACCACAGUGACACAGUUGAAGUGUGACCACCGUAGUGUGCCGGGAACUUGCACAUUUAACUGUGCCUUUUGGGCUUUUGGUCAUUGUAUAAAAGGGUUCAAGUAUUGUAGGCCGGUGAUAAGCAUCGAUGCAACGCACCUCUAUGGCAAGUACAAGGGGAAGUUGUUGAUAGCAAUGGCAACAGAUGCUAACAACGAGGUUUAUCCACUCGCGUUUGCCGUUGUUGAGAGUGAGAGCAAGGAGACAUGGGGAUGGUUCUUGGCAUGCCUGAAACGAUAUGUUACGGACCGGACAAAUCUUUGCAUCAUCUCUGACCGACAUUCGGGUAUAAAAGCUUGCUUUAAUGACACAAGGAUGACUUGGUUGCAGCCUCCCCAGGCCCAUCACCGGUAUUGCCUCCGCCAUGUAGUUAGCAAUGUGAACACAAAAUGGAAAAUUCCGGAGUUGAAGAACAUGGUAUGGAGGGCCGCAAGCGCGAAUCAAGUUAGAAAGUUUUAG